CUUUUGUUUUGUUGUGCAAUUUCAUCAGUAGCUCUCUGUCUAUCUAUAAGCACCGUUGCUCUUGUUGCAGGACCUUUAUCUGCAAAUUUCACCACUUGUGCAGCUCUGAAUACUCUUGGAAGGAAACAUGCAGCAACAUCAGAGGAAGAUGGUGGUGUCGAAGAAGCUGAUGAAAGUUGGGCCAUGGGGUGGCACCGGGGGACACCCGUGGGACGACGGCGGCCACUCCGGGAUCCGCAGCAUCACCAUAUCCUACGACCACCGGUGCAUGGAAUCCAUCAGCGUGGAGUACGACAGGGACGGCCUGGCCGUCCCCGGCGAGCGGCACGGAGGCGCCGCCGCCAGCCACACGACUCAGAUCAAGCUGAGCUGCCCGGACGAGUACCUGACCACGGUGAGCGGGCACUACGCGCCGAUCGCGCACGGCGGCUCGCCGGUGAUCCGGUCGCUGGCGUUCCGGACCAACCUGAGGGCGUACGGGCCGUUCGGCGCGGCGGAGGGCACGCCGUUCUCGUUCCCGGUGGUGGGAGGCGUCAUCGUCGGCUUCUACGGGAGGAGCGGAUGGCAGCUCGACGCCGUCGGCCUCUACGUCGCGCCGCUGCGCCCGGAGACCACGUACGACAGGGUACAGAAGCUCGGCCUCAUGGCCUACCGGGCAGUCUGGCAGCGGAUCGGGACCCAGAUGCAGCAGCAGCAGGAUGAGCCGGUGAAAAAGGAGAACGGCAACGCGCAGAUUGUUCACACGACAUAAGGAUGCCAACCAAAGCUUACAAUCUAUGCAGUCUGAAUGUAAAGAAUCUAGUGUGCUGAACCUGAAGUGCUUGAUAUGAACACUUUCGCAGAGUUUCUGUAGAAGAUGGCAUGAUUUGAAUUUUAGCUA